CCAGCCAUGUCUCAAGCCGUGCAGACAAAUGGGACGCAACCUUUAAGCAAAACUUGGGAGCUUAGUUUAUAUGAAUUGCAAAGAACACCACAGGAAGCAAUAACUGAUGGCUUGGAAAUAGUGGUGUCACCCAGGAGCCUGCACAGUGAGCUGAUGUGCCCCAUUUGCUUGGACAUGUUGAAAAACACAAUGACAACAAAAGAAUGUUUGCACCGCUUCUGCGCCGACUGCAUCAUUACAGCCCUCAGGAGCGGCAACAAAGAAUGUCCCACGUGUCGUAAAAAGCUGGUUUCAAAGAGAUCCCUGAGACCAGAUCCCAACUUUGAUGCUCUCAUCAGUAAGAUUUACCCAAGCCGUGAUGAAUACGAAGCUCAUCAGGAGCGAGUGCUGGCAAGAAUCAGCAAACACAAUAACCAGCAAGCUUUAAGUCACAGCAUCGAGGAAGGACUAAAGAUUCAGGCUAUGAACAGGUUGCAGAGGGGCAAGAAACAACAGAUUGAGAAUGGCAGCGGCGCAGAGGAUAACGGUGACAGUUCGCACUGCAGCAAUGCCUCGACGCACAGCAAUCAGGAGGCAGGGCCGAGCAAUAAGAGGACCAAAACAUCAGAUGAUUCUGGGCUAGAACUGGACAAUAACAACACAACUGUGGCAAUAGAUCCUGUAAUGGAUGGUGCUAGUGAAAUAGAACUGGUCUUCAGGCCUCAUCCUACCCUCAUGGAGAACGACGAUAGUGCACAGACGCGAUACAUAAAGACCUCAGGCAAUGCCACUGUGGAUCACUUGUCCAAGUACCUCGCUGUGAGGCUGGCCUUGGAGGAGCUUCGAAGCAAAGGAGAAUCGAACCAGAUGAACCUGGACACGGCCAGCGAGAAGCAGUACACCAUCUACAUCGCCACCGCCGCCGGGCAGUUCACGGUACUAAAUGGCUCAUUUUCCUUGGAACUGGUCAGUGAGAAGUACUGGAAAGUGAAUAAACCCAUGGAACUGUACUAUGCACCAACCAAGGAGCAUAAAUAAGCUGUGCAGGAACACUGACUGGGGACUAACUCUUUUUAUAAUUAUGGUUUCUUUAAUAUUCAGAGAAGGCACCACCAUUAUUUUCAUGGACAGUACGUGUGAUGUCUUCGGGUUCUCUCAGUUUACCUGUUAAUAUGAUUAGACAGUAUUCUGGUUGUAUUUAAUUUAGACUUUGUUUUAGUUUUGUUUUUCCCUAGGAGACUCAAUGAUCUCCAGUGCAUUCCAUUGCUUGCCAUGCUCUUUUGUUCCCAAUGCAUGAUAACUGAACAAGUGUUCCAGUUUGGAAUGUCUUAAUUUAGUCCAGGUAAAUCUGGAUUUCUAAUACAUUUGACACAAUUAUAGUAGCCUCUGUGAAGUACUGAGCAUUGAAUGGCUGAUGAAGUCUAUUCAAUAGUAACAUAUGCCAAGGAAUGUGUUAAAUGUUGUAAUUUGCUAAUGGUUAUCCAUAUAAAAGAUGGUAGAGAAUUGAUUUCUGAUAGUCUUGCAGAUAGAGGUAAUCUGACUCCCUCGAGGAAAAAAAAAAGGGAUUUAUUAUUCAGUCAUUCUGUUGUGAACAAAUAUGGCUAUAGUGAGAAAACAGACACUUUAAACCAUGCUGCUUACUGGGCUUAAUACUUCUGUGUAAAGUGGUUCAUGGUUUGUUUGCUUUUUUUUUUAAGAAAUAAUUCAGUUAAAGCACUCCCCAUCCCCAA